GCAUAAAGGUUCUUCCAUGUGAUCUGUGCUCACUGGCAGACACACACACACACACACACACACACACUCACUCACACACACAGAGCUACAGUGGACUGAAGAGCCAUGCACCCCUGCUGUGCCUCUCCUUGGUCAAGGCCAAGCCGGACUCCCCCUGUGUGGAUAGCCUGCAUGGUGUUAAUGUGUGGUGAGCUGCAGGCGUUGGUCCCUAACGCGCCGGAUCCCAGUUUGGUCUCGACAACACCCCGUGUCCCCGAAGGAGUCCAGUCCACACCACUGACCCCAAAAGAUGUCAGCGGCGAUGAGUUAACAAAUACUUCUGGAAAUGUCAACGCAUGUAAAGAGCUUCAUUCCAUUUGUGAUGGUUUGAACUUGUCAAGGCCCAACUGCUAUAAGACUUUUAUCAAAUGGUGUGACAGCAGUUUUUCUGAUGAUAUGAAAGCUCUCAACAGCUCUGACUGGUGCAUGUGGGACAAAGUGAAAAGUACCUACAACACGUACACGGAAUGUACGGAGAAGUAUGCGGAGUGCCUGCUGCUUCCCUGGCCAAACAGGGUGGUGGAGGAGAAGUUCGUGGAGAUCCACUCCAAAUAUUUCCAGGAAUGUCCCACAGAGACGCUGAGGGACCCUCCACCCAACGUCGUCCUCGCACUUGUCAUGACGCCUAUAUGUCUCAUCCCGGCCAUGGUGGUCUUUGUGGUCAUGAAGACGAAAAACGGCGACCGGAGAUCCUAAAGGCAGAGUGGACACCCCCACUCCCCUCCCCCGCGCACCAUCUCUGUCUCCUGGAUUCGCUCCGUUUCAAGCUCCUUCCUUUUCCUACUGGACA